AUGCCGGUUUCUGUCUCCUCUUAUGCCGAUUUAUGGACUUUGUCCCAAGGACCAAAUGAGCCAUUGAGAACUUACAUGGUUCGGUUCAAAGCGGUGGUGUCAAAGGUGGAAGGAGUGAGCGAUAAGGCAGCCCUCGAAGCCCUGAAAAGAUCGCUAUGGUAUAAAUCCGAGUUCCGAAGAGAAAUGGCAUUGAACACGCCGCUCACGAUCCAAGAUGCCCUACAUCGCUCUGGCGACUUUGUCGUGAAUGAAGAAGAGAUGAAGAACCUAGACGAGCAGUACAAAUCGACAAAAGCGACGAUCCGAAAUUCUCUGACGACGCGUCAAAGAAAUGUGAGGAGUAAUGACUAUGUGCACCACGAAGGGCCGAGGCUGCAAGGAGCCCACAAUUAUCAAGUGGGAGCAGGACGAGGCAAAGGACCAUGGAAUACUUGGACUCGGAACCCCCGAAUUUACGAUGAAAAGGCAUUCUGCGAACACCACCAAUGCUACGGGCACUCAACGGCAAAUUGUCGGUUCUUGGCACCAGAAUCGCCGCAAAACGAGCAGCAGGAGAGCACGAAGAAACCAAAGCUGCCAAGGAGCCCGAGGACGAGAAGCGAGAAGAGGGGAGCCGAUGCAAGUGUUAACUGGGCGGAGCCCCUAAGCUAUCCUGCUACCACAAUUUCGUUUUCAGAAGACGAAGCUGUAGGAAUCGAUGUGCCACAUAGUGAUCCCCUCGUAAUCGAGCUUACUAUUAGAGACCACGAUGUCGCCAGAAUCCUAAUCGAUACGGGAAGAUCGGUAGACGACAUCUUCCGCGAAACCCUUAGAAGGAUGGAAAUCGAUUUGUCCGAAGUAACCGCUGUCCCGAAACCAUUAACAGGAUUCUCAGGGGAAAUAACGAUGACGAUCGGGACGAUCAGGCUUCCCGUGCAAGCAGGAGUAACAAAAGUCGUGGAGUUCUCCAUAGCCGAUCAUCCGGCGAUUUACAAUGUAAUCAUGGGAACGCCGUGGUUGAACUCGAUGCGGGCCGUCCCAUCAACCUAUCAUUUAUGCGUCAAGUUUCCGACUCCUGGCGGAAUCAAGAUGAUAUGGGGAAACCAAAAAGAGUCACGAAUGUGCUUCCUGGCCGAGCAUAAGAUGAGGAAGCCCAUCGGCAAGGCGCGUGAGGAGAAGAGCGCGCCGAGCUGUGAUCCGGUGAUCUCGGUAUGCAUAGACGAAUUACAUCCGGAGCGGUGCGUAGAAAUCGGAGCAACACUCGAUGAGGCGAUUAAAGCGGAGCACGUCGCCUUCUUAAAACAGAAUGUUGGAACAUUUCCAUGGAGCGCGGAAGUCAUGCCGGGAAUUAGCAUCGAUGUGGCGUGCCAUGAGCUCAACGUGGACCCGACGUUCAAACCGGUGAAACAGAAGAAGAGAAAGCUAGGUCCCGACCGAGCCAAGGCAGUGAACGACGAAGUAGAGCAACUCCUAAAGGCGGGUUUGAUUUCAGAGGCCAAAUAUCCAGAUUGGCUCGCUAAUCCCGUAGUGGUGAAGAAGAAGAAUGGUAAAUAG